UUCAAACAAAAACUCUCUGUCCCUCACUACUGGGGGUACUGGCAGCCCAUUUCCAACUUGAUUCACUCUUCACUCUUCACUCUUCACUCUUCACCAGUCUCCUUUAAUUCAGGUCGACGGGAAUCUUUGGGUGCAGGUUUGGCUCUCCAAUUGUUUGUUAAUUUCCGAUGUCAUCUCUACGACGCUUCUCAAGCCAUGCUCGUGUUUCUCAAACCAUUACUACUACCUUAGGGUCCAAAGUACAUCUUCAAAGUAAGGCUGUAAUACACUCACCUACCAGAACUGUGGCUCAACAAAUAUCAGGGUCCCAAUCCAGACCUGCCACGUGCAGUCUUUCUCGCACCCUCUACACAGCCACUGCAGCAAGUGAGCCUCGGUCCAAGAAUCUUGAGCGCAUUGCUGACAACCUCUUGGACCUCACAAAGAUUGAGAGGCAUGACUACUCCAUCCUCUUCAGGCUAAAAAUGGGCCUCAACCGAUAUGGUCCAGCAGUCUCAGGGAUAGGCCCAACAUCUUCCGAAUCUGGGUCUGCCUCCACAGACUCCAAGGUGGUGGAGAAGACCGCAUUUGAUAUAAAGCUUGAGAAGUUUGACGCAGCGGCAAAGAUCAAGAUCAUAAAGGAGGUUAGGAGUUUCACUGAUUUGGGACUAAAGGACGCUAAGGACUUGGUGGAAAAGGCUCCAGUUUUGCUGAAGAAGGGUGUCACCAAAGAGGAGGCAGGCCCCAUUGUUGACAAGCUCAAGGAGUUGGGUGCUACUGUGGUACUGGAAUGAAGGGAAUUGUCUUUCAUUUGUUUCGCUUCAUGUUGAACUGUGAUCGAUGUGUUCAGUUAUAAAUAGAGAGAUUUUAUAGAGCUUGUUGAAUUGGAGCUCCUGUGUUUUCAUGUUAAAUAGGGAGUUGGCUGUUAGAUUCUACAAUGUAUGCAGCUAACGAGUUAAAGGUUA